AAAAUUUACAAGAGGGUACGAGGGAGAGACAUAAGUGGUAAGAGCCUAAACUGCUCUGAAAUUGUCUAAGCUUUACAGGAACCCAUUCUGGUGGAGAGAAGAGGCUGGCCACGUGUUAUGGCACACAGCAUUGUCAUAUUUACAUUUUGUGAAUUCUGCAAGGCGGGAAUCUAAGAAAAGCAAGCAAAGCAACGACCCUUUCCUGCCUGUUCUGCUCUAAAAGUUUAUCCCUAUUACACAGAAGGCAGUAUGGAGGCCACUGCAAAGUUUGACUUCAUUGCAUCAGGAGAGGAAGAACUGAGUUUUCGUUCUGGAGAUAUUUUGAAGAUCUUAAGCUCUCAAGAAGAAUGGUAUAAGGCUGAGUUGAAAAGUUAUGAAGGCUACAUCCCAAAGAAUUUCAUAGAUUUUCACAUUCCAAACUGGUUCCAUGAAGGAGUGUCUCGCCAAAAGGCUGAAAGUAUGCUCAAGGAUAAGGUGGUGGGUGCUUUCAUUGUUCGAGCAAGCCAGAACUCCCCAGGUGACUUCUCAAUCUCUGUCAGGAAUGAAGGAGAUGUCCAGCACUUUAAAGUGAUGAAAGAUGCAAAGGGCAACUACUUUUUGUGGAGUGAGAAGUUCCAAUCAUUAAAUAAGCUUGUGGAAUACUAUAAGACUGCUUCCAUCUCCAAACAUACACAGAUCAUCCUGCGGGAGGAAACUAUGAACGAACAGCAGGAAGUAUGCUCUCACAGCAAAAAGGAAAAGGAAGCUGUUUAUCAUCCUACCAAAGAAACAGGUCCAUCAGGGCAGUACAAAGAUGUGGCUCACUUUACAUCUAGGCAGCAUAAGCAGGACAGGCGUGGCUGGAGUCUGGAUAUUCAAGAUGGGCAUAAAAGCCAACGAGACCUUGGAGAAGCAAGCACACCAUCUAUGUCCAGGAGACACACUGAUCCAGCACAACAGCCACAGCGAACACGAUGGGUCCGUGCCUUGUAUGACUUUGAGGCAGUGGAGUGUGAUGAGCUCGGGUUCUGCACUGGAGAUGUGAUAGAAGUCCUGGACAGCUCUGAUGCCUCUUGGUGGAAAGGAUCUUUACGCGGACAAUUUGGUCUGUUUCCUGCGAACUAUGUAGGUCCUGUGAACCGGUGAAUUCUUAAACAAGGAUACUACAUUUUAUCAUCAGCAGAAGAAAUCUCCCUGUUCUCAUGUAACUGACAUAGUUUUUCACAAUCAUAACAUUAGCUAUUAGUAGUGAUGUUCAAUUAAACCAUCUUUUCUCCCAAUAGAAAAUCAGAGGAAAAUAUUUCUGCCUGUUUCACAUUUCCAAUUGGCUUGGACCAACAGUGGCACAAAAACUCUUCUUGCAGCAGCUAACUUUAAGAUUGAGUGAGGUGUUUUCAUUUUUUAAAGGGUUAAGCAUAUAUUUAGUGUUUAAAAUAUACAUAUAGCACUUUUGUUUUUAUUGAUUUAAAAAGUCAUUUAGAUAUCCUCGAAACACCAUUUGAAAGGCCAAGCAAAUGACAGAAUCAGUGUUAUCUCCCAGCACACCUACCAUUUGCAUUGCAAAACGUAGGAGGAAGUUGGCCUCAUGCUGCCAGAGGAAAAUGAAAUAUGUUUUUGGUUUGAUUUGUUUUCUGUAUGUCCUGAUUCCUGACCAUUGUGAAAUUAUAUAUAUUCCUGUUUUGUUUUUGUUUUUUUAAAAAAGAGCUUUGUACACUCUUGAGUAGCAAAUCCAUGUGAACAUAGGGUAUGUCCAUACUGCAAAUAUAUACCAGUUUUGUUUAAUAAAGCUUUAUGGUAAUCAUCUAUACCAUCUCUAUUCCCAAAGAAUAAGGAUUCUAUAGUGUUGAAGGUUGUAGAGAGAGAGGAAUGGCUUAUUAUGGUGCCGAUAUUCUCUUCCCCAACUGGAACAAGCUAAUAUAACAACAGAAAUGUUGGUGCUUUAAGGCACUGGAUUUAAAACUGCUGGCAAAUGUUUUAGUGUUAUGUGUGUAUAAUUUGUGCAUAUGUUCUUUUAGGCAAAUACAUGCCAUAAUGGGAAAUGGUUGAAGAAUGUGAGUGAUGCUAAGCAAACACUCAACUUGAACGCUUUUUAACUAUGCAGUAGCUCACCCUUGCUUUCUCGUUGUCUUUAGCUUUUUCUUGCUAAGUGAUGACAAUCGAAGUACACCUCAAAUCAGUUACUCUUGAUUUUUGUAAUGAUAACAAGCCAUGUGCUUGCCACCAAUAAGGAUUAUUGUGUAAUAUUAAUUUGCCCUAGAAUGAGAUACUCUGUAAUCCUGAGAAUGUAUAAAGUUGUGCUCAUUGAGAAA